AUGGUCGCCAUCUUGGGUUUCAAGUUGACCAGUAAGCAUCCUUCUUGGGACCAUGGCAAGUUUAAGCGGAAGCAUCGCACUCAGUUGAUAAUCAUCACCGUUUUCAUUUUGCUGCUGACAAUCUGGAAGAUAUUCAAGGAAAAACCCUUGGAGCACAGCGGCUACCUCGCAAGGCGUGGUGUUCAACAUGUCCUUGUCGGAGACGAUUUCUACACCUCAGAUGCUCUGAGUGCACGUCAACCCCGAGAAAGCAGCAGCGUCGCCGUCAUCAUCGAGACGGACAUUACAAAAGUACCUAAUCUGGUUCCUAUCGUACUUCAUUUUGCCAUGGUGUUGGGACCUACCUGGCCGGUAGUUCUCAUGACACUGGAAGCAAACUGGAACCCCCCCGACUCUCCCGCCUUCAAACGCUUGAUGGACGCCAAUCAGAUACGGGUGAUAUUCCUUCCAUCAGAGACAAGCUUGUCAGAGCAUCACUCAGUGUCUGUGUUCCUCACAUCACCUUGGAUCUGGGAACAAUUGUAUUCCUUCAACCGGGUGCUGUUGUUUCAAGCGGACAGUAUGAUAUGCUCCAAAUCUCCAAUGCAAAUCGAGGACUUCUUCGAGUGGGAUCUGAUUGGGGCUCCCAUCGCUCCUCAGUUCGGCCAUGGUUACAAUGGCGGCUUGUCGUUGCGUAACCCGAAGUUGAUGUACAAUAUUACCAGUGAUCCAGGCGUUGCUCUCGGGGCAAACGAAUUUGAGGAUCAAUGGUUUGAUGCAAAAGUCAGGGAACGCAGCGGGAAACUGCCAACCCCGGAAGAGGCCAUGAAGUUUGCAGUGGAGACCAUGUAUCACGACAAGCCUUUGGGAUAUCAUCAACCACACCGAUGGCAACAGGGAAAUUUGGACGAAAUAGCUGAGUGGUGCCCAGAGAUUAGCUUAUUGCAAGGAGGUGGUCAUUUUUUCCGCUAG